CAUUCAUCGCCUCAUCCACUUGGACAGAAUUGCAUUGCAAUCAGCGGCAACACGUGCGAUAAAGGAAGGGGUCACUUUUGAACCCGUCCUUGCGUCGCAGUCAUUCGUUUAAUUUAUCAUGACGCCUGCCAGGCCGGAGACCGGCAGCCCGGCCGUUAGCUCGUCCGCGUCCUCGGCUCCGAACUCUCCCGGAGUCCUCCGUAGCCGUAAGUUGAGCGAUCGUGCUAACAUUGGAGGUAUGCGCCGCUCCUCCACGGCUGGGCCACUUGAACCCGGACCAGGAAUAGCCCCCGAGAACUACAUCCACCGCCGCAGUUCGACUUUUUCGCAAUACAGCAUCAAUGAAGCAGUCCACGAUUUCCAAGAAGAGAUUGCCGAUCCCGGGCCGGACGUCAACCGCGAGCCGACAACAUGGAAGUCGUUAUUGCCUAUCAUAUUUGCCUCGGUUCCUCCCAUCGCUGGGUUAUUCUUCACGAACGGGUCAGCCUUCUUCAGCGACCUCAUCCUGCUAUUUCUUGCUACCGUCUUCCUCCACUGGUCCAUAACGGCGCCGUGGAAAUGGUACAACUUAGCCCAGCAGGUCCGGGCGGACAAUGAACCAGCCUUCGAGGAGUCACUCAAGGCACAGGGCGACGAAUCGCCGACCAAACCAGGCAGCGACUCCGAAUCGCUAAAUGGCCCGCAUCGGCCAAAGGCGGACAAGUACGACCGAACACGCCAGGCGGACGCCGCUCUGGACCGGCUACAGAGUCUUGAAACCAUGGCACUGGCAACAUGUUUCUUGGCCCCUGCCUUCGCCACCUACCUCCUCUACUCUGUCCGGUACCUCCUCAGCCCUCCAUCAGAAAGCCUGGUCUCCAGCUUUAACGUCGCCAUCUUUUUGAUGGCGGCCGAGAUUCCACCACUUUCCCAUUCGAUUAGGCUGAUCCUAGCGCGGACGUUGCACCUGCAGCGGAUCGUCAACACGAAUCCGUACCGGGUGGUGCCGGUCACUGCCUCCAAUUACCGCGAACUCCUGGCCCGGGUCAAGGAGCUCGAGGCGCGGACGCUCGAACAGUCGGGGAGGGCCCGUUGCGAAGGGUGCGACUGCAUCGACAGUCAGAAAAAGCAACAUGCGGCCAGGCAACUGCGUGAGGACGUGACGCGAGACGUGCGCGCCGCCGUCGGCCCGGAGAUCGACGGCGUCAUCCGUGCCGUGAGACGCUACGAGAGGAAGACCAGCACCCUGACCGACGAGACGGAGCGCCGGCUGGCCGACCUGCGGCAGCGCCUCGACGACGUGAUCGCGCUGUCGGCCGUCGCCGCCAGGAACAAUGCCGGCGGAUGGGGCUUCCUGGGAACGCUGGCCGCCGCCGGCUGGCUGGCGCUCAGCUUCCCCGUGGCGGCGGCGCUGACGUUGGCCUCGCUGCUCUUAGCGCCCCUUGCCAAACCGCUGAACUGGAUUAGCAGCCAGGGCCGGCGGGUGAGGGCUGAGGCCGAAGCUCGGGAUCAGGGACGGUGGAGGAAAACAAUCGGGAAUGGGCAGGCACAGGAGAAUGGGCAACCACGGGCGCGGUCCUCGAGGCAGGGGCGAUCCGUCUCGACCUCUUCGGCCGUGGCUCCCCCAAGGUCGAGUAGGAUGAAGUCGGGGUGAGGCCAGCUGGCUGCUGCGUGUAUUUUUCUUUUUUUCGGUUGAUGUAUGUAUGAGACAAGCGGGCAUGGCGGGCUCGGCGUCGGAUCCUUUGAACAUCGUUUCUCGACUUGUGGAAUAUCAUGGCCUUUCAGCUGGGACCUUUACAGGUCGGUGUGACAAUCUGCGCGACUUGCGGAUGUCGAUCUCUG